GGCAGGCGCGCGCGCGUGGCGGCGGCGGCGACUGCUACGGGCUGUGAUUGGCGCGAGGGCUUAGUUCCAUCCAGGUGGGAGGGGCGGCUCGCUCUCGGUCUCUCCCUGUGUCUCCUUUGCAAGCUGAGCAGUAAGCAGCAUCUGCUGCUGUGCGCGAGACCAGGCAAGGAGCAUGUCUGCAGGCAGGGCCAAGAAAGUGAAGAUGGCCACCAAGUCCUGCCCAGAGUGCGACCAGCAGGUUCCUGUUGCAUGCAAAUCCUGUCCGUGUGGCUAUAUAUUUAUCAGUCGAAAACUCUUGCAUGCUAAACGUUCUGAAAGGCUGCCGUCCUCAGAAAGCAGAAGUGAAGCUAAGAGGAGACGGACAGAGAGAGUCACAAGAGAGAGGAUAAACUCCGUGGUAAAUAAAGAUUUAGAAAACAGGAGAAGAUCCAGAUCAAACAGCCAUUCGGAUCACAGUAGAAGAGGAAGAGGACGACCAAAGACCACCUCAGCGAAAAAACACGAGGAGGAAAGAGAGAAACAAGAGAAAGAAGUUGACAUGUAUGCAAACCUAUCUGACGAAAAGGCUUUCGUAUUUUCCGUGGCCUUGGCAGAAAUAAACAGAAAAAUAAUCAACCAGAGGCUUAUUCUGUGAUUGCCUGGCCCAGGACCUAUGCAUGCUAUGGUGUUUAAGCCAGGCAGUGGAUUUCGAACUGUCGGUGGCCUCUAAAGCAAGGAAUGCCGCUGUCUGCCUUAGUGAAGGCUGUAUGUCUCUUUUCCUUGCUGACCUUCUGCUGCGGCUGCUGCUGUUUGGAUUAUGCAGACUUCUUGUUCCAGCUAAUUGUCAAGAAGGAAGACGACUAGCACUUUGCUUGGGGGGGGGGGAGAAAUCAAAAUCUGAUGAACGUGGCAUCUUGAAGAACUCAACAGAGUUGUUAAAAACUGUUCUUUUGAACACUUCUGCAAUUAAAAUGCAAUGUUUUAAUUAAUUUAAAUCUCCUUCACCAUAGAGUUCAGAUUUUGCAGCUUUAUUGAAGCUUACAUGUACAUAGUUAAGCUAACUUCUUAAUAAAUCAAUAUUCUGGUGUUUGUUUUUA